CUGAUGCUGUAGCAGGAUCACAAUCAAGAAGAAGCAACCGCAACUAAACUACAACCACGGAUAUUUUGCUCACGCAGUACCGAACGGACAGAGAAGGCACCACACCGUGUGAUUGACCAUGAUGACUGAAUCAGGAGCGGACUCUGAGCCCAAGCAGCAGAAGGAGAAAGAAGGGAAGGCAGUUGAACACUUCCCAGCUGCCACUGGACACAGUACACCAACCAGAAAUAACCAGUUUGAUGACUUUUCAUCUACCAGAUCAUCGACCAGUCGCCUGUCAAUCAAGUCUCCACUGAGGGGAGUCAAGAAGCUGAAGAACAUGCAGUGUAAAAUCACCCUGCUAGAUGGCUCCGACUACACCACGACGGUGGACAAACAAGCCAGAGGCCAGCUGCUGUUUGCCAAGGUGUGUGACCAUCUGAACCUGCUGGAGACGGACUACUUCGGCAUGACGUACCGUGACGUGGAGAACCAGAAGAACUGGCUGGACCCUAACAAGGACCUGAAGAAGCAGAUAAGGAGUGGCCCUUGGAACUUUGCCUUCAACGUCAAGUUCUACCCUCCAGACCCUGCCCAGCUCUCUGAGGACAUCAGCAGGUCAGCUGGAUGGACUGACUCUAUGGUCAAUACCCCUGGGCACUUUGUGUUUCUUUUACUCUGA